AUGGAAAAGAAUCCAGGCAUAGAGGACAAUGAGAUCAAGGCAGUGGCACAAUCGGGCUCGCCAGGAUCCAUUGAUGAAGGCAAUGCAAAGAAUCUCUUUACUCAAGAUGAGUACCAAUUGGCGCAAUUGGGAUACAAGCAAGAGUUCUUUCGUGGACUCGGUCUCUUCGAGAACUGGGCUGCCACUUUCACGUCGAUGAACUUCGCUUCUGGGAUUCCAGUCUUGUUCGGAUUUGUGAUGUACACGGGAGGACCCACAGCUGCGUUCGCAAACUGGACAAUGGUAGGAGGGUUGUCUUUCAUCGUCAGUCUCUCCAUGGCUGAGAUCGCUGCUGCACUCCCAACCGCAGGAGGCAUUUAUUACUGGGCGUACAGGCUGGGCGGACCUGAAUGGGGCCCGUUUCUUGCGUGGAUGACUGGAUGGUGGAAUUGGGCAGGAUGGGUCUCGGUUGUCCCUGGCGUACAGCAAGGAUCUACCAAUUUUCUGAUAUCGGCCCUCGAAAUCAAAUAUCCUGACGCGGAAGUCCUGACCAAAGGCUGGUUUGCUUGGCUUCUUACCUCGAUCGGGAUGUUCUUCGCUAUGGCCCCCAACAUCAUCAACCAAAGGGUCUUGCAAUGGUACUUCCGAUUCGCGGUCGUCAUCUUCCAUGUUUUGGUCGUCAUGUACUACAUCUGGUUUCCUAUCCAGGCCUCCCGUCGUGGUGGCUUCCAACCGGCAUCGGGUGUCUUCAAUCACUUCUACAACGGCAUCAAUGAAGGAACCGAGAAGCAAGCGAGCGAUGCGUAUUGUUGGAUCAUUUCGAUUCUCUUCGGUGCAUGGGUUUUCUACGGCUACGAUGCAAGCGUUCAUAUCGCAGAGGAAACCAAAGAAGCAAGCGAGGUCGUGGCGAAAGGAAUGUGGAUGAGCACUCUCUCAGCUUGGUUAAUGUCCGUCCCAACCCUGAUCAUCAUUCUGUUCUGCAUUCAAGACUUCGACGGCAUCAUCGCCGGCACAUACGCCAAUAACUGGGCUGAAUACCUCGUCCAACUUGUCGGCGAAAAUGGAGCAGUUGCCAUCCUCUCCCUGCUCUGGGUCGACUCCACCUGCGCCACAGCAUCGUGCUUCAUGUCUGCUCAACGAGUCACCUACGCCAUAUCACGAGACGGCAUUCUCCCCGGCAGUAAAUACUUCCGUCGUCUGAGCAAGAAAUCGCACAUGCCCAUCCACGCGGCCUUCCUCGUCUAUGCCAUGAGCGUCAUCAUCACCACAGCAGUCAUCGGCUCGGUGGUAGCCUUCUCAGCUAUCACAGCAACAGCCACCAUAGCGACGAACGUCUCGUACCUCUUCCCCAUUCUCGCCCGCCACACCGUAGGCCGCAAGAUCUUCGAGCCCGCGAAAUGGCAUCUGGGCCGUUUCUCCAUUCCUUGCGCCGUGGUGACUACUCUAUACAUCAGUUUCCUGGUCGUGGUUCUCCUGCUGCCGCAACUUUAUCCUGUAACAGCACAGACAUUGAAUUAUGCUCCGAUUAUGAUUGGAGGCGUGAGUAUCAUCAGUUUGGUGGGGUGGUGGAUGCCGUUUGGGCUGGGAGGGAGGCAUUGGUUCAAGGGGCCGCAAAGGACGAUUAGUGAGGAGGAGGUUGCGGGGGCUACGGUGGUGGGGACGGAUGUUGAUACACAUAGGGUUUAA